GUGCCACGUGCCAGUCAGCAAUUCAAGCACUCUCUGAUGCUUUUCUCCACUCCCCUCCCUCAUUCUCCGGGUGAAUUUUAUCUACUCAUGAUGUAUACUGCCAUCGCCACUCUUGUCGCCACUGUCGUGGCACUGCUGUGGGGGAUGGGCGUGACCCACACGCAUGUCAGAGCAUGGGUGCAUCAGCAGGGCUUGGUUGUGACUGCUGGGCUGAUGAAGCUGAAGAGUGCAACCAAGUGCCUCCUGACACGUGGUAUCUUCCCUCUGCUGCACAACCCCAUGAAUCAUGGCUAUUCUGGGUUGCAGAGAGUGCGGCACGCUGCUGGGAGUGCCAUAGCGAGUAUGGUUGGAAUACGCGAGUUGAUAGAGGCGAUGGAGAUGAGAAUGAGGGCUCUUGACGUGCAGCUGGAAGAGACAAGGAGGGAGUUGGCUGAACACAAGAGAGCGAUCACAAGGCAAGCAAAGGAGGUGAGAGCAACCAAAGAAGGGUUGGCAGAACAGAAGAACUCGUUGACAGGGAAAGCAGAGGAAUUGGCGGCAGCAAAGGGGGCUUUGGCGGCAGCCAAGGUGGCAUUGGCUGCACACGAUAACUCGUUGACAGUACAUGCAGAGGAGCUGGCAACAGUUAAGGGAGAGUUAGCAGCAGCCAAUAGGAAGUUUGCAGAAGGAAGAAGAAAGUUGGAAGCACAAAAGAUUGUAAUGACAGGGCAAGCACAUGAGUUGGUAGCAACAAAGGGGGAGGUGGCAGCAGCAAAGGCUGAGGUGGCAGCAGCAAAGGCAGAGGUGGCAGCAGCAAAGGGGGAGGUGGCAGCAAUGAAAGAGGAGGUCGCUGAGCAAACCAGCCGUCUGAAGAUUGAAGCUGCCUUGGAGGAAGCUGUACUCGCUCUUGUACGAGGCAACUGGGGAAGCACACAAGUGUUGGAUGCUCUCCCAUCAGCAUUCAGUGGGGUAAUGUUGAGAAGAACUUCUUUGGAGUUAAAGGACCUCACCAGCCUCGACAACUGUAUCAACUUACACAUGCCUCAAUUCAUUGGGGGCGCUCUUAGUGCUGCUGAUUCUUGCUACGGGGGCAAUUCCUCUGUUGGGGCAACUGCUCUAUUGGGGCAACUGCUCUAUUGGGGCAACUGCUCUAUUGGGGCAACUGCUCUAUUGGGGCAACUGCUCUAUUGGGGCAACUGCUCUAUUGGGGCAACUGCUCUAUUGGGGCAACUGCUCUAUUGGGGCAACUGCUCUAUUGGGGCAACUGCUCUAUUGGGGCAACUGCUCUAUUGGGGCAACUGCUCUAUUGGGGCAACUGCUCUAUUGGGGCAACUGCUCUAUUGGGGCAACUGCUCUAUUGGGGCAACUGCUCUAUUGGGGCAACUGCUCUAUUGGGGCAACUGCUCUAUUGGGGCAACUGCUCUAUUGGGGCAACUGCUCUAUUGGGGCAACUGCUCUAUUGGGGCAACUGCUCUAUUGGGGCAACUGCUCUAUUGGGGCAACUGCUCUAUUGGGGCAACUGCUCUAUUGGGGCAACUGCUCUAUUGGGGCAACUGCUCUAUUGGGGCAACUGCUCUAUUGGGGCAACUGCUCUAUUGGGGCAACUGCUCUAUUGGGGCAACUGCUCUAUUGGGGCAACUGCUCUAUUGGGGCAACUGCUCUAUUGGGGCAACUGCUCUAUUGGGGCAACUGCUCUAUUGGGGCAACUGCUCUAUUGGGGCAACUGCUCUAUUGGGGCAACUGCUCUAUUGGGGCAACUGCUCUAUUGGGGCAACUGCUCUAUUGGGGCAACUGCUCUAUUGGGGCAACUGCUCUAUUGGGGCAACUGCUCUAUUGGGGCAACUGCUCUAUUGGGGCAACUGCUCUAUUGGGGCAACUGCUCUAUUGGGGCAACUGCUCUAUUGGGGCAACUGCUCUAUUGGGGCAACUGCUCUAUUGGGGCAACUGCUCUAUUGGGGCAACUGCUCUAUUGGGGCAACUGCUCUAUUGGGGCAACUGCUCUAUUGGGGCAACUGCUCUAUUGGGGCAACUGCUCUAUUGGGGCAACUGCUCUAUUGGGGCAACUGCUCUAUUGGGGCAACUGCUCUAUUGGGGCAACUGCUCUAUUGGGGCAACUGCUCUAUUGGGGCAACUGCUCUAUUGGGGCAACUGCUCUAUUGGGGCAACUGCUCUAUUGGGGCAACUGCUCUAUUGGGGCAACUGCUCUAUUGGGGCAACUGCUCUAUUGGGGCAACUGCUCUAUUGGGGCAACUGCUCUAUUGGGGCAACUGCUCUAUUGGGGCAACUGCUCUAUUGGGGCAACUGCUCUAUUGGGGCAACUGCUCUAUUGGGGCAACUGCUCUAUUGGGGCAACUGCUCUAUUGGGGCAACUGCUCUAUUGGGGCAACUGCUCUAUUGGGGCAACUGCUCUAUUGGGGCAACUGCUCUAUUGGGGCAACUGCUCUAUUGGGGCAACUGCUCUAUUGGGGCAACUGCUCUAUUGGGGCAACUGCUCUAUUGGGGCAACUGCUCUAUUGGGGCAACUGCUCUAUUGGGGCAACUGCUCUAUUGGGGCAACUGCUCUAUUGGGGCAACUGCUCUAUUGGGGCAACUGCUCUAUUGGGGCAACUGCUCUAUUGGGGCAACUGCUCUAUUGGGGCAACUGCUCUAUUGGGGCAACUGCUCUAUUGGGGCAACUGCUCUAUUGGGGCAACUGCUCUAUUGGGGCAACUGCUCUAUUGGGGCAACUGCUCUAUUGGGGCAACUGCUCUAUUGGGGCAACUGCUCUAUUGGGGCAACUGCUCUAUUGGGGCAACUGCUCUAUUGGGGCAACUGCUCUAUUGGGGCAACUGCUCUAUUGGGGCAACUGCUCUAUUGGGGCAACUGCUCUAUUGGGGCAACUGCUCUAUUGGGGCAACUGCUCUAUUGGGGCAACUGCUCUAUUGGGGCAACUGCUCUAUUGGGGCAACUGCUCUAUUGGGGCAACUGCUCUAUUGGGGCAACUGCUCUAUUGGGGCAACUGCUCUAUUGGGGCAACUGCUCUAUUGGGGCAACUGCUCUAUUGGGGCAACUGCUCUAUUGGGGCAACUGCUCUAUUGGGGCAACUGCUCUAUUGGGGCAACUGCUCUAUUGGGGCAACUGCUCUAUUGGGGCAACUGCUCUAUUGGGGCAACUGCUCUAUUGGGGCAACUGCUCUAUUGGGGCAACUGCUCUAUUGGGGCAACUGCUCUAUUGGGGCAACUGCUCUAUUGGGGCAACUGCUCUAUUGGGGCAACUGCUCUAUUGGGGCAACUGCUCUAUUGGGGCAACUGCUCUAUUGGGGCAACUGCUCUAUUGGGGCAACUGCUCUAUUGGGGCAACUGCUCUAUUGGGGCAACUGCUCUAUUGGGGCAACUGCUCUAUUGGGGCAACUGCUCUAUUGGGGCAACUGCUCUAUUGGGGCAACUGCUCUAUUGGGGCAACUGCUCUAUUGGGGCAACUGCUCUAUUGGGGCAACUGCUCUAUUGGGGCAACUGCUCUAUUGGGGCAACUGCUCUAUUGGGGCAACUGCUCUAUUGGGGCAACUGCUCUAUUGGGGCAACUGCUCUAUUGGGGCAACUGCUCUAUUGGGGCAACUGCUCUAUUGGGGCAACUGCUCUAUUGGGGCAACUGCUCUAUUGGGGCAACUGCUCUAUUGGGGCAACUGCUCUAUUGGGGCAACUGCUCUAUUGGGGCAACUGCUCUAUUGGGGCAACUGCUCUAUUGGGGCAACUGCUCUAUUGGGGCAACUGCUCUAUUGGGGCAACUGCUCUAUUGGGGCAACUGCUCUAUUGGGGCAACUGCUCUAUUGGGGCAACUGCUCUAUUGGGGCAACUGCUCUAUUGGGGCAACUGCUCUAUUGGGGCAACUGCUCUAUUGGGGCAACUGCUCUAUUGGGGCAACUGCUCUAUUGGGGCAACUGCUCUAUUGGGGCAACUGCUCUAUUGGGGCAACUGCUCUAUUGGGGCAACUGCUCUAUUGGGGCAACUGCUCUAUUGGGGCAACUGCUCUAUUGGGGCAACUGCUCUAUUGGGGCAACUGCUCUAUUGGGGCAACUGCUCUAUUGGGGCAACUGCUCUAUUGGGGCAACUGCUCUAUUGGGGCAACUGCUCUAUUGGGGCAACUGCUCUAUUGGGGCAACUGCUCUAUUGGGGCAACUGCUCUAUUGGGGCAACUGCUCUAUUGGGGCAACUGCUCUAUUGGGGCAACUGCUCUAUUGGGGCAACUGCUCUAUUGGGGCAACUGCUCUAUUGGGGCAACUGCUCUAUUGGGGCAACUGCUCUAUUGGGGCAACUGCUCUAUUGGGGCAACUGCUCUAUUGGGGCAACUGCUCUAUUGGGGCAACUGCUCUAUUGGGGCAACUUCUUACCGGCUGGACUGCUGUAG